AUCCCAGUCCCGCAGACUCGUGCUUACUAUCUGCCAUACUCCAGCCAAAACAGAGUCCUGUCCGGUCUGCAGGUCUCGCUCGAACAAGUUUGUUACCGCUAUCUGCAGCGCAGGCAUCCGAAGCUUCUGGAAGAAACGCCAGAACGCUGGGCAAUCGACAGCGCCCAUGCUUUUGAAUUGAACAGAUAUAUGUACCUAUUAGAAGGCCUCAUUGUGCCCGAUCCAAAUGUUGAUAUGGGACCUGGCGGCAGUCGAACCUUGCAGACUCUGGUUAGCUCCAUUGCAGGACUGCGUCAUCAUGCCGUUCAUAGAUUCAGAGUCGACAUCGAUGCCUUGCGCUUCUGGGCCGUUGAUGCGGUCAGACUUGCAAAGUUGUUGGAUGACCCAAAAGCAGCCAAGCAGUUCUCAUCACUUGUGUCUUCCCUCGAAGCCCAAUACAAUAGAAUAAAGGCCGAGAAGAUGAAGGCUGAAGAAGCUCUGCUGGUCACGGUUAGGGAUCUGGCAGCAAAGCGAGCUGAAUUGUUGCGUGUGGAGCGAGAGGCCAUGACUGCUUACGAG